GGGCACGAGCCCCAGCACACACACACUCUCAGAGUGGACACCGUCACCGAGCACACAGGCAUCAUGUCUUCCGAUAAGUCUAAAACUGCCUCCCAGACCGACGGGAAGGCAGCCCAGAGCAAGACCUCCGAGAUGGGCAUGAUGAACUACAAGAUGUACGUGUUUGACCAGGAGAACUUCCAGGGUCGCAUGAUCGAGAUCACCGCCGAGUGCAUGAACGUGUGUGACAUGGGCAUGGACAGAGUGCGCUCACUACGCGUGGAGUGUGGUCCUUACGUGGGCUUCGAGCAGAUGAACUUCUGUGGCGAGAUGUACAUCCUGGAGAAGGGAGAGUACCCCCGCUGGGACUCCUGGAGCAACUGCCAGAAGAACGACUACCUGCUGUCCUUCAGACCCAUCAGAAUGGACCCUGAGAAACACAAGAUCUGUCUGUAUGAGGUCGGAGAGUUCAAGGGCCGCAAGAUGGAGAUCAUGGACGAUGACGUCCCCAGUCUCUCCUCCUACGGCUUCACCGACAGAGUCGGCAGCAUCAUCGUCAGCUGUGGAACCUUUGUGGGCUACCAGUUCCCUGGAUACCGUGGCAGCCAGUUCCUGCUGGAGAAGGGCGACUACAGACACUUUAACGAGUUUGGCGCCCGCUGCCCUCAGUUCCAGUCCGUGCGUCGUAUCCGCGACAUGCAGUGGCACCCACACGGCUGCUACACCAUGGCUAGCAAGUGAAUGCCCAGCCAGGAGCGAAAGAGGAGGAUCGGAAGGGAGGGAGAGGGACGGAGGAGGAAGGAGAGAAGAAGAGACGUCUGAGGCCGUGCCUCCGGCCCUCUCUGAGACAGAGCAGAGCGGAGCGGAACAUUCCACCUGGGGAUUCCAUGGGGGGGGGGGAGUACCCGGGGGGGAGGGAGGAAUGGAGUCUCCGUGUGUGUGGUUUGAGUUGCACAGGACUGCCUGUCUCCGUGACCGACUGCUCUCAUUCAGGCCAAGGCGAAAACCGGCUCGCGCCCCCCUGAACACCACAGUCCUUCCCCGAGUCUCCUCUCUCCCUCUCUGCUCUUCUCUUUCUCUCCUGCGCUCCGACUGUGGCUAUUUCAUUUCCUUCCAUUUUUUGUCACUUUUUGUUCUCUCUUAUUAUUUUUUUUUCGCCUACCCCUUUCAAAUCAUGUCCCUUCCCCCAGGAGUAUGGAGAGCACGGGAGAGAGGAGGCAGGUGUCACAGACGGACCUCCUGAGCCCAGCUUGUCUCACUCCAACACUGCUGUACAGAAUCCUGGCCACCUUUUAAAUAAAAUCCCAAAUGCUUGAUUUGAAAAAAAAAA